CUCUCCUUAAGGGAUGAUUGCUUUGCUUUUAGAUAUAAAUUUAAGUUCAACAUAAAAGGAUUAUGCUCAGGAUGCUCAAGAUUGUGGAAAAAUGCUGAUAACAUUGAUGAAUGAGGUGCUUGACCGAGCAAAAAUUGAAGCAGGAAAGUUAGAGCUCGAGUCUGCCCCCUUUGACCUUCGAUCUAUCCUAGAUGAUGUGCUCUCUUUACUUUCUGAAAAAUCUAGAAGUAAAGGUGUUAAGCUGGUAGUCUUUGUUUCUGAUAAAGUUCCUGAAAUAAUUGUGGGAGAUCCAGGGAGAUCCAGACAGAUCAUCACUAAUCUUGUUGGGAACUCUGUUAAAGUAAGAGGGUUGCCCAACCUUCACUCUUUUCGGCACUAAUUUAGAUGGAAUUAGGGGUGUAAUUAAGAGAGUCUCAUUUUGAAACUCUAGCUAAAACACAAGUUCAAAUUUAGUUUAUUAUUAAAUUGUCUUUGGUUUGGGCUGCAUUUUUAGAAAUUCAAACUUUAGUUUUGCAUCUUGAUUACCGUGUUACAGUUUGUAGAUUCAAUUUGUGAUCUCGUUUAUUUAUUGCAAUACUGCUAUGUGGUUUUUAGUUUGGAUCUUUCAUUUGAAUUAGCAUGCUUAUGUUGGUUACCUAUACAUACGAAGCAUUAGUUAUUGAGGUGAACUAUUGAUUAUUUGUGUGAAGUACUGUAUUUCUCAUUACAUAAUUUAUAUUCUGCUUAGUUCGUUGGACAAUUAAUUUUUUUUUCUUAUAUAAUCAAUAUACUUAUGCUCUUAAAUUACUCUCGAGAUGAACCGCGAGCUUAAAAUCUAAUUAUGGUGUAUAUAUGUUAUUAUUUUGUAGAAGAAAAAAAAAACUUGAAUUUGAUUAUCUGAGUAAGAAAAAUCAUACACGUUUUAUUAAAUCAAAUACUAAGAUGUAUUUGUAAUUGAUAAGAAAUAUUAAUAUUAAGUAACAGUAAUAAUAAUCUAAUAGCCCUGAAUUUGUAAAAAAGUUUAAUUUCCUAGAACCAGGGUAUCCUAGUAUCACUCAAGACCACGAGUUAAUUGCAUACAAUAAAUAAGAAUAUAUUCAUAUAUAAUCUAGAUUUAUAUCAAUUUUGAUAUUAAUU